AUAUUAUGUCAAAGUUUCUUUCCUCUAUGGUCUCUAUUGAUUGGUCGGACGAGGAGAUGUAAAAAAUGGCUGCCUUGCCGUCUCCGACUCAGGUGGCAGGGAUCCACAGUGCUGUGUACGAGGCGUAUUAUCACCAAGUGGACCCAAAUGGCUCAGGUGUGAUCCAAGCGUUGGACGCUGCACGCUUCCUGAAGAAGUCUCGGCUUAGCGAUGUGGUGCUCAGCAAGAUAUGGGACCUCUCCGACCCCAAUGGCAAGGGGUACCUAGACAAGCCGGGACUAUUCGUGGCGUUGAAGCUGGUGGCGCUUGCGCAGGCGGGCAAGGACAUCAACAUGAGCAACAUACACUGCGAGACUCCGCCGCCCAAGGUGGGCGACCUCCCGAAGCUGCCUCCCACCGCUGCGCCGGCGCGGCCCGCAGCGCCCGCGGCGCACGCGCCCGCCACGGACUGGAGCAUCAAGCCGGCAGAGAGAGACAAGUAUAGCCAGCUGUUCGACUCGCUGCAGCCCAACAACGGCCUCAUUGCUGGGAACAAGGUGAAAGGCGUGCUGAUGGAGUCCAAGUUGCCGCUGGAAACGCUCGGCCGGAUCUGGGACCUGGCGGACCAGGACAAGGAUGGCAUGCUCGACCGACACGAGUUUAUUGUCGCCAUGCACCUGGUAUACAAGGCGCUGGAGAAGCACGCGGUGCCGACCACGCUGCCGCCCGAGCUGCGCGCGCGGCCGGCGCGGCCCCCCUCGCGGCCCCCGUCGAGACCCCCCUCCAGGCCCCCCAGUCGGCCCCCAAGCCCGGGCGCUAGGCCCCCGCCACCACGCCCUCAACCGCCGCCGCAGUCUAAUGCCUCGUUGCUUGAAGGACUGCUCGACCUUUCUAGUCCCACACAGUCAACCCCCACCCCGCUCAUGUCAACCGCCCCGUUGGUCCCACCGCCGGGGUCCCUCAUAGCCCCUACGACAGGGCCCACCUGGGUGGUGACCCCAGCAGAGCAAGCGCAAUUCGACGCACAGUUCACGCGCGCUGAUCAAGACAGAGAUGGGUUCGUGUCCGGCGCAGAGAUCAAGAAUACCUUCCUCGAGACCGGAUUGCCUCAGGCUACUCUUGCACAUAUAUGGGCACUGUGCGACAUGGAGAGCCUGGGCAAGCUGUCCCGCGAGCAGUUCGCGUUGGCCAUGUGGCUGGUGCAGCGCGCGCUGCGCGGGACGGCGCCGCCCGCCGCGCUGGCGCCCGACAUGCUGCCGCCAUCCGCGCGCCCCAACGCGCCGCCGCCGCUCCAGCAAUCAGUUCCAGAGGCGUUGCGGCUGGGCCCGCAGCCGACGCCAGAGAUGGAGGCCAUCGCCCGCGAGGUGGAGGCGCUGGCCCGGGAGAGGCUGGCGCUGGAGGCCGAGCUGGCCACCAAGCAACGCGAGCUCACCGGCAAGACGGGCGAGGCGGACAGCCUGCAGAGUGAACUGGACACACUCACGGCAACACUAAAGCAGUUAGAAAACCAAAAAGGUGAAGCACAAAAGAGGUUAAAUGACCUUAAAACACAAGUAGAAAAGCUCCGGUCUCAAGUGUCGGCGCAGGAGGCGGCGGCGGCCGAGACGGAGGCCGAGGUGGCGGCGCGGAGGGCGGCGGCGCACACGCUCAAGGAGAAGGAGCGCGCGCUGCUGGACGAGCUGCGCGGCGCAGAGGGCGAGGCCGACACGCUCACGGCGCAGCUGCGCCGGACCGUGCUCGCCGUCAGCCAGGCGAACAUAAAGAUCACGGAGCUGGAGGAGCAGCUGGGCGCCAUGGAGGCGGCGUGCUCGGCGCUGGAGGCGGCGGGCCCGGGCGCGGCGCCGCACGCCGUGCUGAGCCUGCAGCCGCGGUUCAGCGACCAGCACCUGGAGCAGCUGGUGCGGGGGCAGACGCCCAACGACGCCCUCGAGGAGUCGUCGUUCUCUCAGAGCAACGAGUUCGGCACGACCAACGGGUUCGCGGCCGACCCCUUCAAGGAUAGUAGCGCCUUCCCUGCCAACGACCCCUUCGCGCCCUCCUCUGGCGCGCCAGUGCAGGAUGGUUUCGGUUCGGAUCCGUUCGCGAAUACGGCGGACCCGUUCGCGGGCGACGCUUUCACGCCCGCAGACAAUAAGCCUAAGCAGAACGAUAGCGCGUGGGAGAACGACCCCUUCGCGGUGUUACACGCGCCGACGCGCAGCAGCGCGGGCGCGGGGGCGGGCGCGGGCGCUGGGGCGGCUGCGCCGGGUCUGCCGCCCAAGGCGCACAAGACGCCGCCGCCGCGGCCCGCGCCGCCGCGCCCCAACCCGCCGCACAAGACGCGCGCCAUGGACUUCACCGAGGAUCCGUUCAAAGACUACCGCUACGAGGACCCGUUUAACAUCGAGGACCCGUUCUCGGACGCGCCCGCCGCGCGGCGCGCCGACCCGUUCGCGCGGCCCACCUCCGCCGCCGCCUUCCUGCCCGGGGACCCGUUCCCGCCCGCCGGGGUCAACGGGCUCGCGCCGCCCGACAAGCGCAGCGGCCGCGUGUCGGCGCCGCCCGUGCCCUACGACCCCUUCGCCUCGCGCGACCACUUCAAGCCCUCCGCCCCCGCCAAGCCUCCUCCGCCGACCAACAACAACGACUCGUGGGCGGCCUGGCCCAACGACAACUGGGUGGCCGACGACGCCUGGGCCGGGCCCAACACUACCGCCCGGACCGAUGAGACCGACGCGUGGGCCUCCACCGCCACCAACACCAACACGAACACCAGCAAGUCCACCGGCAGCGACUGGAAGACCGACAACUGGGCCAACAAGACGGACAACUGGGCCACGGACUGGGGUGGCGACCAGAACAAGAACCUCAAUGAAACCUGGCCGUCCAACACGUUACCCAGUAAGAAGGAGAAGUCGCCGAAGCCGGUGAAAUACGCGAAGUCGCUCGUGCACACGAUAGGCGGCAUCGGCCGGACGAGGGACAAGAAAGACAAGAAGUCUAAGGGGGCCGCGUUGGAGGCGCGCAGCGUGGAGGUGCUGCCCACGGAGGAGCAGCAGUGGGCGUGGGCGGCGGCCGAGUCGCGGCGGCUGGAGGCCGAGGCAGAGGCGCGCCGCCGCCAGGAGGACGCCGAGCUGCAGCUGGCGCUGGCCAUCUCCCGCCAGGAGAAGUGACCCGCGGUGAACCAACGACGGUUCCGUAAGUAGACAUGUCGAAACUCCGCCCGAGGUUUUGUUGCAUUUGAAAGAAUUCGUCCAAUUUAUUUAAGUCCCAGUUGAAUAUCGAAGUACCAUUUCGCAAUUGGCCCCGUUAGAUUAUCACGUUACCCAGGAUAAAGGAUAUAAGCACCUGAAUUCAUGUUUAAUAUUGAAGAUCCCUGUGUGGAUUUUGAUUUCGAAUAAACUAGGAUUAUUGUGGAAAUUGUCACUAGUCAAUUGGAGAGGUCUCGGCGUCCGGCGCCGGGCGGCUGCGGGUCGCGGGGGGGUAAACACGGUGCAUUUGUACUUUUGAAACUAACCAGCUCGUACUGAACGCAUACCUUCAAAGCAAAGGUACCGAGUACCGUGACCACGGGGACUAUAUAAAUUUAAAAUUAGCUUAGGUUUUAUUUAGUACAAAUAUAUCAUGUUUAUUACUAUUCCCGUCUCGAGGUAAAUUGUAUCGAUAGCUGUAAAACUUGUAAUAUAAUGGUUGUUGUCUUGUCUGCAUCCGAGGCCUAACGCUUCUACAGAUACGAGUAUAUGUAUAGUAGUAGCCGUAACUUUAUUUCACGAUAUAUUGAUAUAAUUCUUCGACAGUCGGAAAGAGACGCCGACUCACGCGUCCUUUUCUAAUGCUCAGAUUUUUUUAUCGGACAAACAGUCCUAAUGAUUUGUAAUAUAAUUUAUAAUGUAACUGUAAAUUAUUAUUUUAUUCAGUUAAUAUAAUUUUGCUGUAAAAUAAUGGAUAUUAUUACUGAAACGGCAUCACAGCAGUGAAUAUGAUUUAGUUUUUUACUAUUAGUUUUAUAUGAUUGUAUAUUUCAUGUUUAGGUAGACCGUUACACGAGUUAUUUUGAUGUCUUGAUUGGCAAUAUUUAGUUUGAAGAAAUUGUUAAAAGUGUGAUUGUAAUUUAUGCGAUUGGAAUUGAUGAUAACCCAAUUCAAAUUUGAUGAUUGGUUGUUGGAUUGAUGGUUGUUGAGGUUGGUCAUCCACUUCACAACCCAUACGAUAGAAGAAGAAUCGAUGAAUAGGAUAUGAAAUCCACGGAUAGUGGUCAUUACAUGUGCUGUUAGCGACAGUGGAAUAUAUCAAUAGUUUGCUAGUUCUGCCACCGCGGCACGGUACCGCUAUCGACGUUGAAGCGAAAAAUAUUACGGAAUUUGACCAAUAGACGCAGCCUAUGGGAGUUUCCUCAUGGCGAGAACGGAUGUCGUAUUAAUGUACGAUUGUAGUCGUCUCACUAUGUUUUGAACUUCGUGAAAGUUUCAUAGGCAUGUUUUGACAAUUUGCUGAAAGUACAUCGAGGGCACACCUCGGAUAUUUCACACAAUCAUAAAUUGCAUAAGAGCGAGUGAGACAGGCAGUCCACGCUCUCGCCCUUACUCCUUACUCCUUAGCGUCUUUCAGCCAGAAAUCGCACGAAUUGCAUCGCGUCAUUAGGAACCUCGCCAUGCUGUCUAUGAGUAUAAACAUAUCGGCAAUGGUGGCAUUAGAAUUACAUUUUAUCAUGUGCGUGUUUCAUAUCCUAUUGAUUCUAUGAUGAAACAUUGAGUGGUUCUUGUCAUGCAGUUUCCUUAAUAAAUAUUGCCAAUGUAAUAAAUGUUUGGUUAUAACAUUGAUACACGUACCAUCGAUAGUUGUACGUUGUUCACCGGUUGUAUAUUAAUACAUAAGCUGUGCUGAUUCCAUUCGAUGGCGGUCGAAGUACAAUCGUUGUGCAUUUCUGUAUGUUUGUUUGUUAUUUCGUUGUAACUAUGUUGUAUGCGAACCCUACACGUGGUACGGUCGGCAGAGAAACAGCUUGUCUCGUUGACAGAUAUGCGGCACGAAUGACUAAUCCUUUAAAGUCGGGGAACUGAAAUAGACAUGGAAGCAUUCUUGUGGCUUAAAAAUGACGCAACGAAAGUCGUACCGCGGGGGGCGGAGAUUCAAAAUCAUACCGUUAUACCUGGCCUUUAUUGAUGUGGUCAUCACUAAUUUAAGAGCCACGAUCUUGUCGGUGUAGCAUUCUCCAUGCUACUUUUUUAGAAAUAGGACAGCGGUUUCCCUUUUGCCUUCCGCCCCGCAGUACUCUGUCUGACGCGAGUGGGAUGGCGCCCAGAGUAGUCUAUUUCAAAGCUGUACCAGGACUCCUGUCCUCCGGCUCUGAAUAGCUGCUGCCAUUGCGUAUAAAGGCAUAAAUCGGCGCGCGCCUUUUAUCACUUACAGGUAUGUCAACUUACGAAACAGCGCGGCUAAGCACUGACAAAUAGCGACAUAAAAUUAAUAACAGUGACGUGGUUCUUUUUUCAAUUUUAAUUAUUUUGCUACUGUGAGUGUGUUUUGUAUCGUCUGACUUUUGGCGUCAAUAAAAUCAAAUGCAGCGAGUAUGAAGAGACUGCCUCCAUGUUUAUCUCCGUUCGCCGUUUAAAGCAAGUAGAGAAAUUGUCGCAACAUACUCAUUCCCAAAGAUAGAUCAACCACCGAAUGCUCAAACGGAAAUUAUUUGAACUGAUAACAGUAUUGGUUUACGGGUCUGAAUAGUACGGUUAAAGUAGGUGUUUAGCCGUUCAAUAGUCGGAUGCUUGUGUCUGCGGCACGACAUGUCUCCUAUAGUGCCUUCCCUCGCUAUGUCUGUGUCUUGUCUGCAUCUAGCGCGACGGCGAGUGACGUUGAUCUAUCCAACGCACAUAACGUAAGAAUAAUAUAAGACGCCGUUCACAUAUCCGUGCAAAGCAAAAAUCAUUUAUAAACUGGAAAAAUGGUGCUAAUUUCUGUAAACUUGUACCUGUCAUUUUCUAUAAUCAACAGGCUUAAAUAUUUAUGAAACACCACUCAACGCUCUUAAAAAUUUACAUGGCCAAUAAUCCAACAGAAAUAACUUGAAUUAACGUCAAACAGGUUGCUAUUUCAUUCACUCAGGUCAUUAAUUCAUUCAUUUGAAAAUUAACAGCUGUCAGCCAUCCGUCCCAUUCCUUUUCGGCGAAUAAGAAAAUGACAGGUGUAGCUUAAAAUAAAAUUACACGGUGUUUACAGGAAUUAGCACUAUUAUUCUAUCAAAAUGGUAGAUUUUAGGAAGUUAGCACCGUAGACUGGCACCUGGCCACGCUAGCUUACGUGCGCACGGCCCAACGCGCCGCCUCCGGUACAAUAACUAUGUUAGUGCGUGCUUGCUGAGGCAUCGGCUGCUUAAUAGGAACAUUUUGGUAGUUAUGGCAACGUUGGCUAAUAGAUAACAUGGCGGGAACGAAAUGUCUCAGCAAGCAAUCCCUAGAUAUAUGUAAGAAUGUAAUUUGUAAACUAAACGUAUAAUAAUAUUAAAAUACCAGUGUGUUUAUGGGUAUUAUCCUAAAGUUGUUAUCUCUUUCUUAGGCGCUGUUGUUUGAGGCUCGGCGGGGCGCGCGGGCGCUCCUCUAUUCGUAGUUCCCAUUUGGAACUCUCUUGAUACGUGGAUAUAAUAUUUUCUUUAAUAGGUAUACAUAUUCGAAUUUACGUUAUUAAAUGUUAUAUUCUAGAUGUAAAUCGACCUGUUAUUUUUUAAAACUUUAUUGUGUUGUUGAAAAUUGUAGAAAUAUCUAUAUUUUCCAGUCAAUUCGUAUGUCUAUGCGCUUGAGAUGUGGUGUGGUGUGCGGUCGCACGGCACCUUAUAUUUUGUGUAGGAUUUAUAAUUAUAGUAGUGCUCCGCGCGCGCCGCCGACCCGUGUCUGUUAUCGAGUAUACAAUAAAUAUGUAUGUACCUUUCAAUGAUAGCGGAAUAAAUAAACUUUAACUCUUGACGUUGACGUGUAUAUGUGUAUUUAAAGCUAAACAUUAAUAACGGAUUGAUUAAAGAUACAGGUUAUUGUAAGCUUAAGUCGGUAGUGACGGUGCGCGGUACUAUCUGACCACUGGGGAUCACUUGGAGCGCUCGCAGCUUACCAAACUGAUGGUGUCUCCUUCACGCGGCUUGUCGACCAGGUGGCUAUGAGCGAGACAGCAUGAAUUUGCUUAUUGGCUCCAGAUCUGGCUUUAAAUUUAGAUUCAUUCAGUAUUAUUAGGACCGCGCGCCUUAGCUUUUGUAGAGUAACGAUUAAUGAAAUAUCAUAAAUUUAUCAUAUUUGGAGAUUUGCGAAUGUCACUGUGUGGUUUCAGAGACCAGUAAUGGUUAGGGAAUUCAGAUCGACCAAUGGAAUGUAUGCAGCGUGUGUAGGUGUUCAAAAAAGUAACAGUCAGUGGUUACUUUGGGGUUGAAAUGUUAUGCUAGGUCCCUGCGAGUUCUUGGUCGAAUCUCGAAUUGUUAACGGAUUGCAAAAUUGAAGUUUGACUUAGAGGUAGGAUAGAAUGGAAGGUUAUGGUUAUGUAGCAGUCCCCGAACUCACGCGAAUGUAUGUAGUCAUUAUAAACACUACCAGUCGAGUCAGAUUCCCGUCGUUGUUGUAACUUUAAAUAACAGUUGGUCAUUAAAUUUGGCGGAAUAGUCCAACUAAAGUUCUUUGGUGGCCGAAUUAGCCUAUUAGGAUUUUGACAAAUUGCUCACAAUAUUACUAUUGCAUAGGGUUACUAAGCACUGCACCAGGUGACAAUACGUAAGGGUGGCCAUCAAAAGUGGCUUAGAGAGGAUUUUACCGCUAAAUUAAAUUUGACCUCUCACUUAGGUAUUUGAACGUAUUAUAUCAAAAGAAAAUAGUUCUAACGUUCAGAUAUUUAAGUGUUACUAUAGAAUAUUAAUAUUUUGCAAUGUGUAUAUCUAUUCGAGUCUGUUACUAUGAGUUCGGUCGCUUCUUGUGUAUGCAACGAAAUAUAUAUAUAGGCAUGUUUCUGUGAAACAGUGAUUUCAGUUAUAUAAAACAAGUUUAUCUAGAAAGUAAUUGUGUUCGAAUGAUGUAUGGAAUGGAAUUGAUGUUGAAUUCAAACUAAUCAUAAACAUUCCAUUAUAUUAUCAAAGAGUAUUAUAACGACCUAAAUAUGAUAUUUAUUUAAUAUAUUUUUCGCUAAACCAGAUUUUAAAUAAGUUUUAAUCAUAAAUUGUAUUCUGCCUCUUGCUUCGAUGCAUCGUUUUUAUUACAAUAACUUUUUAGAUAAAUUGAAAGUCUCAUGUAAAAAGCUGCCGUACGUAACCGGGUUUAUCGUAAAUAGCAUUAUCGUCAUGUUCUUAUGAAUUAGAAUUGAGUAGUGGAUUGUAUAGAGGACGGUAGGGGGUGAUAAUGUAGAGCAAGAAGACGAUUGAUUGAUGAAGAUCCCAACAAGAUUAGAAGAGGUUCAGGAAAUCGUGCCCAUUUUAUUUUAAUAUACAUUUCAAGUGCAAUCUAAAUUAUAUUUUCAAGUUUUAUCGAAGGUUUUAAGUACAAUUUAACAAAAAGUGAAAUAUUUUUCUUUAAUUGACAAUACCACAACAGAUUGCCAGAUGUAAAAAUUAUAGUUCCUAUCUUGACCAUUUUAUACUAGUUUUUGAAAAGUUGAACUCGAUUUCCCGACUUUUCUAUUAAAAGAUCCAGUACCCAUACAAGUGCUUUUAUAAAUGUUAUAAAUGCGUUUGUAUUAAGUAUUGCAUAAACAACAUAAAUUAAUUCAAAUGCCAUCUAGGAAUGCAAGUUUGGGACGCAGCUUGGGACUAAAAAAGUAAAAAAAAUAUAGUACAAUAUAUCUCAUAUCAUAAACGUUUGGUUUGCGUCGAGGGGACUUGAAGUGGAUUGUUCUAAUGAUACAAUAACUAUCGUGUAAUCAAAUUCUUGUGAUUUAGCUUUGUACGUAGAUAUUUCUAUCUAUUUAUAGCUACGAUUAGAGCCGGCCUGCGGUCCGCUGCCGAGACGACGGCGGUCGAGGGUUGUUUUGCCUUUCUAUUUAUUUAUAAAUUAUCUAUAACUCGAUUGCUAUCGACACUUGGCAGUACGGACAUACUUCCCCUAAGGCCCAAAUGCUACGAAGUUUAUAUUAUAGUUAGCUGAAACGUUAUAUUACUGGUUACACAUAUCGCCUGUAAGUCUAGUGUUUCGCCGUGUCUUCGCUUGUUUCCGUUACCUACUUCUUUAAGCCUAACGGACUGCAUUUUUACUAAAAAGUUGUUUUCUACUCAAAAUACCGUUUAAAUACUGUUUUAAGAUAAUUUAUGCUUAUUUAAAAAAACGAUUAAAAAAUGUUUAUGCACUAAGUCGUUCUAGUUAAAUGCAAGGUUAGAGAAAUUCUACUAGGUACUUAUAUUGAUUAUGAUAAUAUAAAUGUUUAUAUAUAAAUGAAGUUGUGUACGUUUGUAAUAAUAUAGCGUGUACGACCAAAUAAAUUAUUAUUGAAUGUCGGUACUCGGGCAGCCGCUGGGGCGUAGUGGGUAGUUGCACCAAUGACGACCUAAUGCAGUGUUACGUCAUGUUUUGUUUGAAGGCUGUGUAUUUUUGUUGCGACAUUUCUGUUUAAUAUUGUUGCGCGGUUAAUUUUUGUAUUCGCGCCGCUUUUCAACCGGCUGGCUGAAUAGUCAUUUAUCCAAACCUUGAAAAAUAAAAAUGUUGAAUUGUCUAUGGUUCUUUCGAUACGGCGGUUACGGUUGAAUGGUGCGCGCGAGAGUAUUUAUGUAAUACAAUUGUUUUAAAUGAUAUUUAAGGUGAAAAUGUUGGUGGACCGGUCGGGUACUAGCGUUCGUGCAUUCGUCAUUACCUGCUGACUUGUAAUCACUGUAAUGAAACUAUGAUAUUAUAUUAAUAUGAAAACAAACAAUUCCUGAGAUAAUAAAAGGGAAAUAUUAUAAAA